CUUAUCCAAACAUUUACCUGACACUUAUCUGACAUUCGUAAGACCACCUCUUAGGAACAACCACUACCCAUGGCGUCACCGUAUGACUUAACUGGAGAAGACAUCGCCGGGAUCUCGAUCAAUCCUCCUGCGAGCCGUGUGCCUUCUGUUUACAGUGAAGUCCAAGUGAGUCGUAUCGAUCACGCGCUUCCUCUUCCUUCCGUUUUUAAAAGUCCCUUUACGAUCGUCGAUGGUGCUCCGAGCUCCGCCGCCGGAAAUUCAGAGGAGAUUGCGAAAUUAUUUCCAAAUCUGUAUGGACAACCAUCGGCUUUAUUGGUUUCAGACCAAUCUAAUGAUGCAGUUCUGUCGGACCAAAAGCUUAAAGUUGGUGUGGUUUUGUCUGGUGGACAAGCACCUGGAGGACACAAUGUUAUUUGCGGAAUUUUCGAUUACUUACAGGAACAUGCGAAAGGAAGUACAAUGUUUGGUUUUCGUGGUGGUCCAGCUGGAAUCAUGAAAGGAAAAUAUGUUGAGGUCACUUCUGAUUUUGUGUAUCCUUAUAGAAACCAGGGUGGGUUCGAUAUGAUAUGCAGUGGAAGAGACAAGAUCGAAACUCCAGAGCAGUUUAAGCAAGCUGAAGAUACUGUAACAAAGAUGGACUUAGAUGGUCUUGUAGUUAUUGGUGGAGAUGACUCCAAUACUAAUGCUUGUCUCCUCGCUGAAUACUUCAGAGGUAAAAACAUGAAAACUAGGGUUAUUGGGUGUCCCAAAACAAUCGAUGGUGAUUUAAAGAGCAAAGAAGUCCCCACCAGUUUCGGGUUUGAUACUGCUUGCAAGAUAUACUCGGAAAUGAUUGGGAAUGUUAUGAUCGAUGCACGUUCCACUGGAAAAUACUACCACUUUGUACGUCUCAUGGGCCGUGCUGCUUCUCAUAUUACACUUGAAUGCGCUUUGCAAACCCAUCCAAACAUUACCAUUAUUGGUGAAGAGGUUUCGGAGAAGAAGCUAACGUUGAAAAACGUUACGGAUUACAUUGUUGAUGUGAUCUGUAAACGCGCUGAAAAUGGUUAUAACUACGGUGUCAUUCUUGUUCCUGAAGGUCUAAUUGACUUUAUCCCUGAGGUCCAAGAGCUUAUUUCAGAACUGAACGAAAUCUUAGCCCAAGGAAACGUCGACGAAGAAGGACAAUGGAAGAAGAAUCUUAAAGAAGAGACUCUAAAGCUUUUUGAGUUUCUUCCUCAAACAAUUCAGGAACAACUGAUGCUUGAGAGAGAUCCACAUGGGAAUGUCCAGGUGGCUAAAAUAGAGACAGAGAAAAUGCUGAUUCAAAUGGUUGAAACAGAGUUAGAGAAAAAGAAGAAGGAUGGUUCAUAUAAACGCGAGUUCAUGGGGAAAUCACACUUCUUUGGGUAUGAGGGAAGAUGUGGACUCCCUACAAAUUUCGAUGCAACUUAUUGUUACGCAUUGGGUUAUGGUGCUGGAUCACUUCUCCAGAGUGGGAAGACUGGAUUGAUUUCAUCGGUUGGGAACUUGGCUGCUCCUGUUGAGAAAUGGACAGUUGGUGGUACACCGCUAACUUCAUUGAUGGAUGUUGAGAGAAGACAUGGUAAAUUCAAGCCUGUUAUCAAGAAAGCUAUGGUUGAGCUUGAAGGCGCACCGUUUAAGAAAUUUGCGUCACAGCGUGAAGAAUGGGCUUUGAAGAAUAGAUACAUUAGUCCUGGUCCGAUUCAGUUUAAGGGACCGGGAUCUGAUACCAUAAAUCACACUUUACUGCUUGAACUCGGUGCUCAAGCCUGACAAUUUUUGUUACUGUCAGAUUCACUCACUUUGUUGUAAAAACUUUGUAGUAAGAAUGUUGUGACUUGUGAGUCAAGUAAACCAGCAGGUGAUCAUUGUGUUGUAGCUUGUAAGUCGUGUGUUGUGAUGGAAUCUUGAAUAGGCAUAUGAUGGACUCAUGUGCUACUAAAUAAAAGUUUCGUAAAUGUCAGAUAAAACUUAAAUUGGUUUGGA